AUGUCCGCGUCGGCAGGCUCGGCACCGUCCUCCAACUCGACGACUGGCAAUCCCUUCGAAAACGCAUACAAUGUCAUCCUCAUCAAGUUCUGGCCUCGGCCUUCGCCUGGGUUCAAUGUUCGUCUGAUCAUACAGAUGGGUUUGUGCGGUUACGUCUUUGUUGCAACAGUCCUGUUCCUCGUCGUGUACACGAUCGUUAUACGACGCCAGGACAAGAAACUGUGGAUGUUCCGCUUCGUCCAAACCCGCUACGGCCGCUACAUCGUCCCGAGUAAGCCUUGAACAGACUGAACUCUCAUGAACAGACGGAAUUGUCAUAGUGUUGGUUGCUCAUCAUGAUCUUGUUGAUUCUUGUGCACAGAUAUGUGUAAGUCUCGAUUCUCGAAAAAGAUCGCCGGAUUGGAGAUCGUCCUCUCCAACGAAGAAAAGUCGCACCUCCUCGGCGUGCCCCCGGCCUGCUCCUAGCAUUGGUGUCAGCUUCGGGACACCACCCGCUCACAUGACCACAAUCACCUCAUCACUUGAAACACAGAUAUUGUCUCUGUACUACCCUCAAUACCCGCGGCUGGUUUGAUAGCGGGUUUGCUCGUCGAUAAUCGCCGGAUCUUUGUGUUCCGCCAUGGCCAACACGGGGCAAUGUUGUGGAAGUGAGUAGAUGCGCCAGCUUGUGGCCCCUGUCCUGAUUCCCACGAUGUCGUACGAGGCUCUGAGGGGACGUCGAAGAAGGCAGAGCGCUUCUUUCCGAACAUAGGAGAGGGCUCCACGGUACUGACACAUCGUAAAUACUAUGGGCAGAACCCUGAUCUGGGUCGUCGUGUACGCGCAAGGGUGGUUCGUCGUCUUCAGUGGCGUCACAGCCGCGCUCUUGAUCUCGAACGAGGAUAAACCCUUCUACCUCAGGCCGGCGUUCAUCAAUACGAUCUACAUCGUCGGUCCAUUUGUGGUUGUUCUAGGAAUAGCGGUGAGUGUGACAGGACCACGUCCAGGCGUGGGUACGCCGGUGGUUCAAGUGCUGAUGAUACUGUCUCUCGCGUACCGUAGAUCCCUUCCAUCCUCUGUUCCAACAGCUGGAACUACAUAAUGACCCGAGUUGACGAGACACUUCUCACACUCCGCGCUGCUUCAAUCCAAUACGCCAAAAAUGGGUUCUCCAACGUAGUCGCGAUUGACAUGACGGAUCAGUUGGAAGACGAGAUCCUCGCCAGGGCUGAGAAAUUCUUCGCGCAGUACCUUCUCAUGCUCUGUGUUUGGAGUGCGGCGACGAUCAAUCUGGUCUUUGUGAGUGUUCGGGUGAAGAAGCGGUCGAGUGUUGAAACCUUUUGCUGAUUUUUCAGUGGUUCAUUGUCCCUCCAUCAUCUCCAGGUGAGCCUCGUGGGUUGGUCCCUGGUCUUCAAGCUUCGACGCCAACGAAGGGUUGGCCAGACCUUCGCCGCACCCCGAGUACCGGCGACGGAGCAAGCCGCAGCAGUAUCGGCCGCUCAAACCAAGGGUAGCGGCAAUGGAUCCUCUACGUCCUCAACAACAAAAAAUGGGUCGAGUGUGGAGUUGGAAAUGCAAUCACCUCUUCCCCGCACCUCCACCUCCCCUAACGACCAAACCACGCGCCAUACGAACCACCAAAAUCAAACGAUCCACAAACCCUCUUCCCCCCCUACCACGUCCCAAGCAGCAAGUCAAGGCGCCUUGACCAAGCUCAUCCGUGAUCUCUUCGUCUCCUCGCUUGGAGUAACCACUUUCGCGUCCAUCUUUGUCGGCGACACGGUCAUGCUUGCCGUGCGACGCCGCGAGGUUUUCGCGAAUUGGACCCGAGCGGAAAUCGGAAUGACGUUGACGACGUGGUCUUACCUUCUUGGGACAAGCAUGUGCACGACUGCGAUUUUGAUCAAUGAGAUCUUGUUUUGGAGGGCGUUGCGUAAUGCUGGAGCGGGUUGGGGUGGAGGAGGGGACACAUCCUUCGGCUCAGGGUCCAAUAGUGGACCUUACGGCCAUGGACGACCCCUUCGUCGAGGUGGGCCUCUCCGCGGCAGUGGCUUUGGUGGCGGAGGAGGUGAAGAUGGAGCAGGGAUCGAGAACGGGAUCACGGUUGAGAUGACCAAACAGGUCCACGUAGAAUUGCCCUGUCAUUACCCUCCUUCGAACGCUUCUUCAAACCCACCGAGGCCAUGGACGCCUUUGGAGACCGAGGUGCGCAAGCAUCAGCCUCGCCAACACCCACUCGACCGCCUUGAAGCCGCCGACUCGGAGUAUGAUGAUCGCAAGUACGACUGGAGCGCAAGAUGA